UAAAGAAUCGCACGUGCUGCAAUUCAGUGCUAGAGCUAAAAUCCAAAGCUGACUUUUAAGGCCACCACAAUGACACAGGAACACGAGGUUGCCAGAUUGAAGAGCAAUAGUAGGUUCAAACACACAGACAGGGCACGACUGAAGAUCUCAGAUGACAUCUUGAGCAAACUGGUGCCACCUACCAUAUGUACUUUGUAACUGCCAAUUCCCGCUAAACUGCUCCUAUCCACAAUGCACCACAGGGAAGAUCUCCGCUGCGCCCACGGCCGCCCAUUUAUGCGGUCGAAGCUAACAAUCAAUAGCCUAACCCACGUUGGUUCCUUUUACAGCCCUGUGUUCAAAGCCACAAAAACGUGCUGGGUCCAGAUCAGCUCCAGUUCAGUUCUAGUGCACGGACUGUCGGGACGCCCGGAUCGCAGAGGAGCCCCGCCGAUGAGAAAUUGGUGUUGUCGUCAAGGCAGCACCCACUCAGCAAACUCCGUGAUGCUUGGCCUCUUAUCGCUACAGCGCUUUCUCGUAUCGUAUGCUUGUUCACGCUCGGGAGUUUCCAGAACGGUGCGAGAAUUCUCCCACUCAGACGAAGGCGCAGCAAGCUUCAAAAUAACCCGGAAAAGAGGACCGGCUAACCAACAAGACCUCGGGCCGUCUGCUAAUAAUACCUUUCCCUUCCAAAAUUUAUAAAUAUAGGUAUCACGUAGAGUAUCUCUUGUCUGUGCCAAACUUACAAUAGAAUAUGAGGAGAUGCGAAUGUCACGCACGACUCAGUAUCUAACAGAAUCCUUCAAGGGUUGAGGUUUUAUGAGAGCAAAAGUAGAUUGUGUUGUUCCGGGUGCGUCUCAUAUGUUUCUGCACGCCUUGGCAAAAUCCUUAAUCGCACCAAUCCGCAAUGGCAAA